AUGCCUGGGCUCUUCUGCGAGAGGAAGAAUGGGAAGCAGAUGUCGUCCGAGGCGGCGAAGGUGGCGGUGCCGGAGUCGGUGCUCCGCAAGCAGAAGCGCGAGGAGCAGUGGGCCGCUGAGAAGAAGGAGAGGGCCCUGGCCGAGAAGAAGAAGUCCAUCGAGAGCCGCAAGCUCAUCUUCACCCGCGCGAAGCAGUACGCCGAGGAGUACGAUGCCCAGGAGAAGGAACUGGUGCAGCUUAAGCGUGAGGCCCGUUUGAAGGGUGGUUUCUAUGUCAGUCCUGAGGCAAAGCUGCUGUUUGUGGUCCGCAUCCGUGGUAUCAAUGCCAUGCACCCUAAGACCAGGAAGAUCUUGCAGCUUCUGCGUUUGAGGCAGAUCUUCAAUGGCGUGUUCCUGAAGGUCAACAAGGCUACUAUUAACAUGCUUCGCAGGGUUGAGCCAUAUGUUGCAUAUGGGUACCCGAACUUGAAGAGUGUCAGGGAGUUGAUCUACAAGAGGGGCUAUGGAAAGCUGAACAAGCAGAGGAUCCCUCUGUCCAACAACCAAGUCAUCGAGGAGGGCUUGGGCAAGCACAACAUCAUCUGCAUCGAGGAUCUUGUUCACGAGAUCAUGAUUGUCGGCCCACACUUCAAGGAGGCGAACAACUUCCUGUGGCCAUUCAAGCUGAAGGCGCCGCUGGGAGGCCUGAAGAAGAAGAGGAACCACUACGUGGAGGGUGGUGAUGCCGGUAACCGUGAGAACUACAUCAAUGAGCUCAUCAAAAGGAUGAAUUAG